CGGAAGAACAAGACGGCGAAGAAAUUCGCCAACCGCCUGUUCAGCAGCGCCGCUUCGGUCUGCGACAGGUGGGACCGCGGCGUCUUGCGGGGCGCCACGUCCGAGCGGAUGCACGGCGUCGCGGACGACGGGUUCGCCGAGGACGCGGCGCUCCUGCAGCCGAGCAUGCCCGCGUCCAGGCGGCUGGCGGCGGAGCUGAGGGCGGCGUUCGGCCUCCCUGGGCUGGAGUUCACGGUCGCCAAGUACGGUCGCCUGAACGAGUGCGACCGCGUGUCCGUGGGCGACGCCGCGGUGCUGUGGGACGCGGGGGGCGGCUAA